AGCGCCUAGAAAGGAACGAGGCAAGUCUUUUUCGUCCCGCUCGAUCGCGGCAGCCAGUUUUAUCGUACUCGUCGCUAGGUGGUAACGUGCAGGGAACAGUCCCACCAACUGGCGUAAUAUUCGAUCAACAUUCAUAUUUGUGUUUGCGAACUUAUUGACUUGUAGUAACGGGAAACAAGCUCGAACUUCGAAGGGAAAGAACGACCAAAGUGUUAAUUAAAUAAGUUUGUUUUCUUUAUUUUAAAAGCUAAGCACGACCAGUGGAGGGAGUAACCAGCCAUAUUGGAACACCUGCAACUUUACGGUUAGCGUGACUGACUUUUUAGAUAAGUAUUAAAACAGCAGUAAUUCUAGUUAAUAUUUUAGUGCUACGCCUAAAGUGAAUUUUGAUUAAUAAAUAAGACAUUUACUUGAUUCGCCUCCACUAUUGGGCGUUUUUCUGCCAAAUUCGGUAUAGGUGUUUUUUUUUAAUUUUAUUGGUGAAGUUACUUCGAACUCGGCGAAGAUUAUUUAUAAUUCUGACUAGGUACGCAGAGAACGUUUUUAUCAUCUAGUCCCAGCAGAAUCACUUACAAUGAAGUUUGACUGUGUGGACCGCCUGGUGUCGUGGUUGUUCGGUCGGCUGGGCUAUCACGUCGGGCUCCGUCCGGGCUAUUUCGUGAUCGUUCCUCUGUUAGUGUCUUUUAUUUUAGCCACAGGCUUUCAAAGAGUGGUGUACGAAGACGACCCGGAAUACCUAUUCAGCCCCGUGGACGGACGGUCUCGCACCGAAAGAAGGAUCAUUGAAUCCCUGUUCCCCAUGAACACAACUGAAAGUUUUGAUUUUGGUAGAGCGACUCGUAUGGGCCGACUUGCCCGAGUUGUUCUCGACACCAAGGAUGGCGGAACGGUUUUACGCGAGCAUAUUUACAAUCAGCUGCUAUAUAUGGAUGCCAUCAUUCAAAAUAUCACCAUCACUUGGGAUGGAAAUAUCUAUCAAUAUAAAGAUCUGUGUGCUAAAGUUGGACGAUCCUGUUAUAGCAACGACAUGUUGGAUUUUAAAGAAAGAAUUAAAGACAUCGAAAAUCGGACCUACCUAUUGAAGUAUCCUAUCAUGUUUAAUCGAGUCAUUCUAAAAAGGUACAACAUGCUGGCGUCUCUCGGAGGAGUCACGGUAGACGAAUCGGGCCACGUUGAAAAAGCUUUAGCCUACAGUCUCUUUUAUCCGCUGGACAUAGACGUGAGACACGGCGAUGAAAGAGCGGGACUCUGGGAGAGAAAGUUUCUGGUGGUCAUGGAGAAUAUGGAACUGGAAUACGUUAACAUUGGAUAUUUUGUCUCCGACUCCUUGGAGUCGGAAUUAGAAAAGAACACGCAAGCUGUGACCCCAUUUUUUAGUAUAACCAUGAUCGUGAUGUUGAGUUUCUCCGUCGUGACGUGUAUGAUGUCCGACUGGGUGAGAAGUAAACCUUGGCUUGGGAUCCUAGGGUGUAUAUCGUCUGUUAUCGCAGUGGCUGCCGCUUUCGGCUUAAUCAUCUAUUGUGGCUUUCUUUUCAUUGGCAUCAACUUUGCGGCCCCGUUCCUCAUGCUUGGUAAGUUAUAACGUUUUUCUUUGAUAAUAACAAAUUAUAAGCUAUUCAUUUCCCAUCUGUAUGUCUGCUUAUAUAUU